AUGAGGAAUGCCUCAGUGGUGACCAAGUUUAUCCUGCUGGGCAUCCCACACACCGAGGGUCUGGAGACCAUGCUCUUUGUCCUGUUUUUGAGCUUCUAUAUCUUCACUCUUAUGGGGAACCUGCUCAUCCUACUGGCGAUUAUCUCCUCCACUCGGCUUCACACUCCUAUGUACUUCUUCCUGUGUCAACUGUCUGUGUGUGACAUAUUUUUCCCUUCCGUGAGUUCCCCCAAGAUGCUCUUCUACCUCUCAGGGAACAGCCGGGUCAUCUCCUAUGCAGGCUGCGUGUCCCAGCUCUUCUUCUACCAUUUCCUGGGCUGUACCGAGUGCUUCCUGUACACAGUGAUGGCCUAUGACCGCUUUGUCGCCAUAUGUUACCCUCUACGCUACACGGUGAUCAUGAGCCACAGAGUGUGUGCCAUCCUGGCCAUGGGGACCUCCUUUUUUGGCUGCAUUCAGGCCACCUUUCUAACCACUCUCACCUUCCAGUUGCCCUACUGUGGUGCCAAUGAUGUGGACUAUUACUUCUGUGAUAUCCCGGUGAUGCUGAAGCUGGCUUGUGCUGAUACCUCAGCCCUGGAGAUGGUGGGCUUCAUCAGCGUGGGCCUCAUGCCCCUCAGUUGCUUCCUUCUCAUCCUCACCUCCUACAGCUGCAUUGUGUGUUCCAUCCUGCAGAUCCGAUCUCCUGAAGGCAGACGCCGUGCCUUCUCCACCUGCAGUGCCCACCUCACUGCCAUCCUCCUCUCCUUUAUGCCAGUGGUCCUCAUCUACCUGCAGCCCACCCCCAAUCCCUGGCUCAAUGCAACUGUUCAGGUCCUGAAUAACUUGGUCACUCCUAUGCUGAAUCCGUUGAUCUACAGCCUAAGAAACAAAGAAGUAAAAUAUUCUCUGAGGAAAGUGCUACAGCAAGUAGCCUUCUUUCCUGAGAAGUGA